AUGAGCAGAGCGGUACGGGGCUGUCUACGAAAAGCUGGUCACCAGAUUGACGUGAGGGUUGUGGAAAUACCUCCAGCGAACCUCAAAGGUCAGCUGGUACGUAAUCGUGCGAAUCUCUGCUCAACUCCCAGCUGCGUGGUUAACCCGUAUGGCAGAGAGGGUGAUUGCAUUGUAUCAGGAGUAGUGUAUCGUAUCACGUGCAGGUUGUGCGGUGACGAUUAUAUAGGGGAAACGGGACGUCCACUGUGUAUUGGGGUCAAGGAGCAUCUAGAUGGACUCGCAAAAUCUAAAACCUUCACCUCACUUGGAGCACACCGUAGAAUAUGUCAACCAAACUCCGAAGAGGAGGUAGAAGUUUGUAUAUUAUCCUAUGAGUCCGGGAUCACAGCACGCAGAACACUAAAGGCCUUUUGGAUAACCGCCAAAAGUCGAAAAAUGAACAAGAAGGAUGAGUGCAUUGCUAUCACUAUCUAUCGCUGUACAUCGCCAUCCGACGCCCAGAGUCACCUCAACGCUACUAUUAGGCGGUAA